AUGGACCCCUUCACGCAACAAUUGGCUCCCAAAAUUAGAAAGCGGGUUCCCAAAGCAUGCGACCACUGUCGCAAACGGAAGAUUCGCUGCGGUGUUGUCAACUCAACAACAGGCAUGUGCGACAAUUGUGUGAAAUUUGGCGUUCCCUGUACUUUCAAACACCAUCAUGAAAUGGAACGACAACGGCUGGUUCAAGGUUUCGAUCUUGAAAAGCCACGGGUCUCUAACGGCGGGGUGAAAAAACCGCGGAAAAAUAGCGACUCUUUCUCCAAACCAGACUUGAACACUCUGUCAGAGACCGCCAACCCAAAUUCGCCGCUCCAAACCCUGGAAAACAAGCUGGAGGCCUUAGAAUCUCAAAUAGGCGUUCUGUUGAAACUUCUAACAAAUCAAAACUCUACUAGCUCUUCAAAGUUCCAGGAUCAGACUGCGUCGUUCCAAAGCGCGGAACAACGGAGGGACGCUCAACUACCAGGUUUGCUCGACGUGUCACCUUAUCCCAAGCCAAAACGCUAUAAAUCGUCUCUGAUAACCAAAAGACGGAUCGCAUGGCUCCGCAACCGAGCCAAAUUAUGCUACGGCCAGAAUCAGACCAAUCCAGUGCCCGGUGCAGAGGUGCCAGUGAUAACGUCUUUCACGCCUUUAAUGGACGUUUUCGUUGUAUCCUCCAAAUGGUAUGUGGCAGAGGUGAAGAAGCUAAUUGACUAUUCUAACCCUUUUGUUCCCGUAACUGGAUCACAACUCUAUCCGCUACCCCCGCAGCAGGUAGUCCAAAAAAUGGUCCAACUGUGCGAUUAUCGCAUUUUUCAAGGCGCUCUCAGCAUCGUGGGCUACAGUGAAUUGGAUACCAUAGUCAGUCGAUGCUAUGCUGGCGAAAAGCUUUCGUAUUCUGAACUUCUUCUCAUCGACAUCUGGAUAUGCGUCUGCACAGCUUAUGAUGUUAGUGGAACAGAUGACUAUUACUUGAAGCAACCGAGUUCAGAGAUGCAUAUUCGUGAGAGCCACAUGCUCCUCAACUCCAUGUAUCAAUAUCACAAGGUAUCGCUGAUCAGCGAAGGUUUCCGUUCGGUUCAGGCGCUCCUUUUGCUGUACCAAUAUGUGCAAACCAAAAUUAGUGCAAAUGUUGCAUACAGCAUCUUCUGCGUUGCUCAAAGGUAUGCUCAAGAUGUGGGACUUCACAAACGUAAGACGUAUGAAGGCUUGAGUUUUGAAGAAUCAUGGUUGAAACUCAAGAUGUGGUAUAUGUGUGUCACCAUCGAUGCACAUCUGUCCCUGGCGUUUUGCAGAGCUCCUUUGAUAAACAUUGAAGAAAGCGAUGUCUUCACAGAAGCCUUUUAUGCCGAUUUUAUCAAAUGCCAUGACCUUGCUCGCAAUGCUACCACUGAAAUGGAACCUUCAGAUCAUGGAAGUCUCAAGCACUCAAUCUCAAUUCUUUUGACAAGCCCCGACACCCUCCUUAUUGGAGGAUGUUAUUAUGGGAUACAGCUGAGUCAAAUAUCUGGUAGAAUAUACAGAGAUCUCUUAGGACCCGACGUUAUGUCCAAGAACACAUUUGAUGCAGUCCUUCGACGCGCUCUCUCAAUUCUCAAUGACUUGAAGGAGUGGGAAAAGUCUUUACCUGAAGAGUUGUCGCUUGAAUAUUAUGAAAAGCACAUCGAAAACCUUCAUCACUCGCAUCAGAAUCCGGAUCUUGAGAUUACGGACGUGCAUUUAGGAAUACUCUCUACAAGCGUUCUGUCCUUUCAUUUUGAACGCUUGUACCUAACGAUAUUGGUGUGUCAAAUGAUGUCUUCCUUCAUAACAGAUAACACUGACAUACAUUCGCGUUCGGCGUUCAACGUUGAGCUGCUACAGCAAAGAGCGCUCAAAGAUCUGCGUUCUUCUGCCAUGCAGCUCAUAUCAAUAUGGCCCCGUAUCAAGUUCGUUCCUCAUAUGCUGCAGAGAAUGUUUUAUAUCUUGAGCGUUGGUGCAUAUGGUCUCCUUCUGACGUCGAUUGGGCUGGCGCAAGAAGAGGACACGGCAAAAUACAUUGCUGCCCUGUGCGAUGUGUACACGUACUUGUGCGAUGAAGGUGACUCAAAGCUUUUGAUAGAUAACAUCAAAUGGAAUGUUUCGAUGUUCAUUUACACCUUCCUGCUGACGCUGGCGAUUCAAUGUUUCAACAGCAUGUGCCCUCAGGCCAGCAACUACAAUUUCACUACGGACUCGAUCACCAACAAAUUCCCGUUUUGGAUGGAUCGGUGUGAGCAAAACAAAGUCGUCGCUGUCAAUCAAUUACGCGAACACUUGAAUAUCUUCGCACCCUCUGUCGACUUACCUGAUGGUGCCGAAAACGAUGACUUAGCCUUAGAACGAAUGCGUAAGGAAUCGGAUUUUCCCAGGGCAUUCCAUCUUUUCAGUGAAGUCAACGUCGGCGAUUUCAAGUGCCUUUUGUCAUCGCUUCCCAUCCAGAUAGUGUCUAGAGACACUGCCGCAUCAUCCACUGCACCGCAAGGUGUGGAAGACAAGGGUGCACCAGCAAAUUUCUCUCAAGAAAUGCCAGAAGUUGGGACUGGUCUACUGAAUGGCUUUGAUGGGGCAUUCGGGCUGGAUUUCAGUCCUAACGAUUUUAAUCAAGUUUCGGGAGCCACCUUUUCAAGUGACCAGACAGAGUUUGAAAACGCUCUGGACAACUUACUAUUUGAGAGGGACUUCGCCUUCCCGGCCAUGAUGUGA